GGGCUGGAAAUGGGGAUGCGUGCGGGGUGGGAACGAGGAUUCCGGAGCCUGCUGUUGCCGCGUUCGCCGCAGGCUCGGAGAUGCGAGCCCCGGGCCCGCCCCACCCCCUUCCGGUACCGGGAGAGGGCGUGGCUUAACGGAAGGGGGCGUGACCUUGUCCCGGUGAGGGCGUGGCUUCUGGCAGAAGCGGCGCCCAUGGCGGAGCAGCGCGUUUCGCGCUGGUACUUCGGCGGCCUCGCGUCGUCCGGGGCCGCCUGCUGCACGCACCCCCUGGAUCUGCUGAAGGUGAGGGGGGCACACGGCCAGGUGCACCUGCAGACGCAGCAGGAGGUGAAGAUGAGGAUGACGGGGAUGGCAAUGCACGUGAUCCGCACUGACGGCUUCCUGGCCCUCUACAACGGGCUCAGUGCCUCGCUGUGCCGGCAGAUGACGUAUUCCUUGACUCGCUUUGGCAUCUAUGAGACUGCAAAGAACCGCAUGAGCAACCAGGGGCCUCCCCCCUUCUACCAGAAAGUGCUCUUGGCUGCAGUAGGAGGUUUCACUGGCGGGCUUGUGGGAACCCCAGCAGACAUGGUGAACGUCAGGAUGCAGAACGACAUGAAGCAGCCUCCAGCUCAGCGGCGCAAUUAUUCCCAUGCCCUGGAUGGCAUGUACCGUGUCUUCCGGGAAGAGGGCGUAAAGAAACUCUUCUCAGGAGCAUCAGUGGCAUCGCUCCGCGGGGCCCUUGUUACUGUUGGACAGCUUUCCUGUUAUGACCAGGCCAAGCAGCUGGUUCUCGCAACUGGAUUUCUGUCAGACAAUGUCUUCACUCACUUCCUGUCCAGCUUCAUCGCUGGCCUGUGUGCCACAUUCCUGUGCCAGCCCCUGGAUGUGCUCAAGACCCGCCUCAUGAACUCCCACGGGGAGUACCAGGGCGUUGUCCACUGUGCCAUGGAAACUGCCAAGCUCGGACCACUUGCCUUCUACAAGGGCUUCGUUCCUGCUGCUGUCCGGCUUGUUCCUCAGACAGUUCUCACCUUUCUCUUCCUGGAGCAGCUGCGCAAAUAUUUUGGGAUCAAAGUGACCACCUGAGUCUGGGGGACUGGACCCUGCCUUGCCCCAGGGGGCGUGAGCGUGUGGGUCACCGCUAAGAUCCCAGAACCCCUCUGCUCUCUGGGGCCAGUGCCAUUCCCCCUCCUCUCAAAUCUACUCCCGUGCCUUGCCAGCACCUGUGGCCAACCCCCCCUCACAAACUCACCCCUCCUCUCACCCCUGUUCUCAGCAUCUCCACCUCUGCAUUACUGCUUCUGGGGGGUUUUGGGGGGAUUUCUGUCUUCCACUUCUCUACUGGCUCUGAGUUGUGUCCUUGCCCCCCUCAGCCUUGUCUCUGAUGUGCCCCAGAAGCAGCACUGUGCUGUCUCAGGGAGUAGGGAGAUCAAAUGCCUGGCUCUGUCACAGAGCCCAGAGGGCUGGGGGGCUGCUGCCCCUGCAGCUGUGGGCUGGGGCUUGGGGCAGGGUGUGUGAGGCCCUGUCCUCCCUCUGCCUUUAGCUCCUGUGCUUCUCCCUAACCCCAGUGCAGCUUGGACCUCCUGCCCUGCUCCUGGCCUCCCACCCUCUGCUCCUGCUUGGCCAAACCUCCUCAGCACCGCUGGCUGCUGGGCUCUUCAGGGAUCGUGCCUCAUACCAAUGAUGGGGGGAACAGGGCUGCUCUGGCAGGGCCUGCUAAUGCCUGCUCGGGGACCCAGUGCUCCCUUACCACAGUGCACCCACCCCACACUGGAUCUGCUCUCUCUGGGGGCAUCCCCCACCACCACUCUGCAGCCUCUCUCACCUUGGGGCUGGGCAGACCCCCACUCCUCUCAGCCCCUCGCCCCACACUGCCCAGUGUGUGGGGGCUAUGAGCACCAGCCCCUCUGCUGUGGCACCCCUGUGUGUGCUGGCCCCAGGGAAUCAAAGAACUGGAAUAUCUGAGACCUUGAUGUAUAAUAAAGAGUGAAGGUGGCACAA